CUGCUGCCAUUUUACAAAACUGCUAAAGUGACAUACCACAACAACAACUAAUUGGCAUGUAGUAGACAGCUUGUUUCCGAAAGUACAGUGUAAAUAACGUUAUAUUGUAAGCAAACAUCCACAACGACACUUUGUUUUAAGCACAAGUCAAAUUAACAGUGCCGUAAAAACACGGUGGGAAGAAGAUGAAUGGGUCUCUGGACCACCCCGACCAACCAGACGUUGACGCCAUUAAGAUGUUUGUCGGACAGAUUCCACGAUCCUGGUCCGAGGAGCAGCUUCGUGAGCUGUUUGAGCCUUAUGGACCAGUGUAUGAGAUUAAUGUUCUCCGAGACCGCAGCCAGAAUCCACCACAGAGCAAAGGCUGCUGUUUUAUAACAUACUAUACUCGCAAAUCAGCCUUGGAAGCACAGAAUGCUCUGCACAACAUGAAGAUUCUGCCAGGGAUGCACCAUCCAAUCCAGAUGAAGCCAGCUGAUAGUGAGAAAAACAAUGGUGUGUUUAAUGUUGUGUUGAAUACAGCAGUGGAGGACAGGAAGCUGUUUAUUGGAAUGAUCUCCAAGAAGUGUAACGAGAACGACAUCCGACUGAUGUUCUCUCCGUAUGGACAGAUAGAGGAGUGUCGGAUACUUCGGGGCCCUGAUGGACUCAGCCGUGGUUGUGCCUUUGUGACAUUCACAUCAAGACAAAUGGCCCAGUCAGCCAUCAAGUCAAUGCACCAAUCCCAGACCAUGGAGGGCUGUUCAUCACCCAUCGUGGUGAAGUUUGCAGACACUCAGAAGGACAAGGAGCAGAAGCGCAUUGCCCAACAGCUACAGCAGCAGAUGCAGCAACUUAGUGCUGCUUCCAUGUGGGGAAAUCUCACUGGGCUCAACAGCCUGGGGCCACAGUACUUAGCACUCUACUUACAGUUGCUCCAGCAGUCAGCCUCCACGGGGAAUGCACUCAACAACCUGCACCCUGUUUCAGGUCUUAACGCCAUGCAGAACCUGGCUGCUUUAGCAGCAGCAGCAACUGCCACACAGGCCACGCCCACAGGCUCCAGCGCCAUGACAACAUCUAGUAGCCCACUAAGCGCACUAACAAGCUCAGGCUCCUCCCCCAACUCCAGCAGCAACUCAUCAGUGAACCCCAUGGCUUCUUUAGGGGCCCUGCAGUCUCUGGCUGCUGGUGCUGGAGCUGGCCUCAACAUGGGCUCCCUGGCAGGCAUGGCAGCGCUGAAUGGCAGCCUUUCUAAUGGCUCAGGAAACACCAUGGAGGCACUGAGCCAGGCCUACUCAGGCAUCCAGCAGUAUGCUGCUGCUGCGCUCCCCAGUCUGUACAACCAGAGCCUGCUGUCCCAGCAGAGCGUGUCAGCCGCAGGCAGCCAGAAGGAAGCCAGUGACAGCCGCAGCACCGGCCCAGAAGGUGCAAACUUGUUCAUUUACCACCUGCCUCAGGAGUUUGGAGACCAGGACCUGCUCCAAAUGUUCAUGCCCUUUGGAAAUGUAAUCUCUGCUAAAGUCUUCAUCGACAAACAGACUAACCUCAGCAAGUGUUUCGGCUUUGUGAGCUAUGACAACCCUGUGUCAUCACAGGCAGCCAUCCAGUCAAUGAAUGGUUUCCAGAUCGGUAUGAAGAGGCUGAAGGUGCAGCUGAAGCGCUCAAAGAAUGACAGCAAGCCCUACUGAAGAUGCUGAGGCGAUGCAGAUCUAGUUAGGCAGGGUAGUGUUAUGGUAAGUGAAGUAUGAAUAACCAACUAAGACUGGUCUACUCGAAACCUGUCUGUGCAUGACAGGGAAUGGCUGCUGCGCUGCCUCUCCGGGUCAUUACAACAAGUCCCAGCUAAGAGACACAUGAAGCUACAUGCAAGAGUUUUCAGGCUAGGCUGGAUUCUCCCUGUGUUAUGUUGUGGUUUAUGCAGUUUGUUUUUCUUUUAACAAAUAAGAGAAACAAAUGUAUUUUCAUUUAAGUUGAAAUGUUAUCAGUUUGCUGUGUUACAUAAUACACAUAUUGUCUAGCUGACAAUCUAGCUGAUUGUUAGGAUGUGUUGCACACAUCGACAGUCAGGUGCCAAACCCAUCUGUUUGUUCUUCCUGUUCUACCUCCCCUGAACCACCCAGACCCAGGACAAAGCUCCUGAAAGGAGGCAGCAGCUUAAAAAGACAGAGCCACAUUCGUUUAGGAACAGAAAUCAUUGCUCGGUUUUCUUUUACAUUUUCACAAACCAAAAUGCUUUCCCUUAUGUAUGUGUUGGGUAUGUGUAUUAUCUCUUGAAAUGGAGACAGUGUAUGUGAUAUAGACCUAAAUUAGUUUUAAGGCACAGAAGCUUAGAUUGUUUAGAAGAGGGAGCUCCACCAAAACAUGCACCUGGCAUUUAGACAUACGUAUGGGACAAAUGAAAGGAAAAAACAGAAUAAACAUGUGGAGAAACAUAUCAGAUGCAGAUGCUUGGUGCAGCAGCGCUCACUGAACGAUUUGGUGAGGCUUGUUCCACAGCGUGGUGGCCUGACCCUAUACUGAGACACUUCAUGUGGGCUUUUCCUUUCAAUUGUCACCCAUCUGUAUGUGUCUAAAUGUGUGUGUGUGUGUGUGUGUGUGUGUGUGUGUGUGUGUGUGUGUGUGGGCAUAGUCCAAAUCAGUGACUGUUGGAGCUGUUGACAUCUUAUUCCCGUUUCUCUUGUGUUUCAACUCUGAGCUAAAGUCACUGAAGUCAGGUUUAACCAACACCCCUCCAUGACCUUCCUCCUGAUCUGCUGUGCUUGUAUGGUUGUCUCUGUUAACUGAGUUAAUUUGAAGAUGACACAUUAGCAGCUGUUGCAUGGCUUACACUUAUCAAGUGGCCUUGGGCCUACACUUUUGCUUAUGGGUUGUGUUGUAUACAAACAAUGGCUGGAAUGGAUUUCUGUAUGACUAAAUAUUAUACUUCUAUCAAGUUGUGUACUGACUGCAUUUAUUGUAUUUUUCACAUUUCAAAUGCAGUUGAAUUUGGAUGUAAGUACAGACUUUUCCAGAAGACUGAAACACAUGAUGUUUUGGUGGUGCUCCUCCUGUGCGUCUGCACUGAGACAGGUCCAAGGUCAGGCUGAUAAGGCUGUGAAGCCCUGCUGUCAGCUGUAGCUUGCAAUACUGUCAUAUCCAAGAGUCUGUCUAAUACAGAAGUAGUGCUUUGUAUACAUACAUUUUACAGUUUAAGUUAGUUUCUACCUUCAAUCCAGGUGUUUUGUAAAAAAUCUUCAACAUCCCUCAGCUGUCCUGCUAGCUAGCAACUAGCCAAUAUAUACAGCUACACCAAUUUGUCUCUCACAGAAUGUCUUCUGUAUUGGCAAAUUAGUGUCACUACAACAGACAAACAUGUUAGUUGCAUAGAAAUUAUGUUUCUUUUAAAUAGAACUAGCAAACAAGACAAUUGUUGAGAUGUAUAUUUAAACUAUCAUGCCUUUUCUAUUUUUAUAUAGGUUUUAUACUUCUCCUGUGUGUUGGGGAACUAUUUAUUGCCUAAAUUAUUUAUCUGAAUUGAAAUUAUUUUGAAAGACAAAUGUAAAGUCCAACAGUCUAUGUCAUUGUGGCAUAAACUGUGUGUAGGAUCCAUCAGUGCUGCUACAGACUUCAUAGAACCCCCCUCUGUCAUCCAUGCAUUUAUUCAUCUGAAUAAAUAACAAAUUUUCCAAAAACAUAGAGAGCAUAGUUUACACGAAACGUCAGCAUGCGCCUGUUGCUUCUGUCUUUCUUUUUGAAAAAAUAGUCAUCUGAUGUGUUGUGAACAACUGUGCCCCAGGCAAAGUCCUGGGUGUAUUUCUAGUAGUAGAACUAGUUCAGGUCCUGGUGUAAGGUCCAAGUCCAAGUCUGGGCAAAACAGUCUAGACAGCCAGAGUAAAAGUAUGCGAUGUGAGUAAGAGCAGUGUGCUCAGAGAAGCUCUCACUCCUACAGAGCAUGCAUGUCAGUGCAGUUGAAGGUCACCGUGUCUGGUUUUAAGUUAGUGCUGGACAUUUCUUGGUAUAUCUUAUACAAGAGCAUUAUUGCUGUUGCACAGAAACUAAUGAUUAUGUAUCUGGAACCUUUUAGUCAUAACUGAUCCGGCUGUGUUGUGAUUUAAGAUUCUAUGUGUGUACAGUGUAAGGCCAUAGGUCCCUUGUGACCUUGUUUCAUUUUUGCCGUGGCACACUAGCUGCUGUGAGGAUCUGGGGCAGCAGGACGCUGUGUGUGGGACUGAGUCAGAAUAAGCAACAGUGUGGGUGUUCAUGGUGAUGAAGGAACCCAGUUCAGAGGUGAGGCUCACUAACUGUCUUUUAUAGUAGUUUGAAAACAAUGGAGCGCUAUGCUACAGAGGAUUAAGAUACACACACAGACAACAAUACCUGUUAUUUGUGACUAUAGAAAAUCUCACCAGACGUAUGCUUUUUAAAUUGUGGGUAAAAUGGAAGAUGUCAGAAGUGAAGCAGGAGGCAUAUUAUUUGUCAGAUGGAACAUGAUAAGAAUGUUCAUGUGUAAAUGGAAAGACAAAAGUAACAACUUUCAACUACACAUCAUGUAUCCAUGUGAUUUUUCAGAUGCAUGCUGUGUAGCUUCAGAUUUUCCCUUUUGUUCCAGGCAGCAGUUUGUUUCUGUUCAUUUCUUCAUGGCAUGGAAGUCAAAUAGUUUACUCCAUCAGCAUAAACAUCCGUUCUGCAUUCAUCUUUGUUAAAGUUGCAUGUUUAUAAAGCAAUGCAGACUUUUUAAAGCGCUCUGCACUAAAACUAUUACUAAGCAAUAACUGACAAAAAUCACCUGCUGUUCACAGUGACGGUCCUGAACAGUUCACAGUCGGCUCGGAGAGUUUCAUAAAGAAAUGAAUGGAAACCAGUAACUGCCCUGACUGGUUGAAAUAUUACAUCAACGCAGCAACAUGAUUUGCACAAUGGUUGGCUAUGCUGUAUAAUUAGUAGUACUUCAAAUACCUUUUUAGAAAAUUAUUCAGUAAUUUGAAGUAGCAUGCAGUAUGGCACCUUAACAGCUUCUAAUCAACGAUUCUAAAAGAUUAGUAUAAAAAAGUUAGUUCCAGUGGCACUGCUCAGCCUCUAUAUGUGAUCACUUGUAUUUGGAAAACAUGCUGGACUGUAGCUGCUGUUCCAGAACUCUGCUUCCACCUGCAUGCUGUGACUGACUGUGCUGGCAUUUUAAUUAGGCUGACGUGUGUGUGUACUGUUGUUGUUAUCCACAUCAGUUCCUGGUAGGGCUGGGCUACAUAGCCAAAUAUGUUAUCAUGAUAAAACAUUUCAUAUCUGUCGAUAAUUAUCAGUUUAAAAAAAGUUAAAAGGCUGAUUUUUGCUCCUGAGUGAACGUUUAAGAAACCAGAUGGUUAAAGUGGCUAAAUGUAGUUUUUUAAUUAAAUCACUUAUUUAUAAAUCAAAUUUUUUCUUCUUUUUUGUCAAUGGGCUAUUCUGCUUCUUAUGUGAGGACCCCAGGUCGGGAUGUCGCCCUGUGCGCGCUCCCGAGAACAAAAUGCAGACCACUAAGACGUAAAACAAGUGGCUCCCAGCACAACACAGACUCCAACAUAAACUCCACGUAAGGAUAAAAAAAACAAAGUUUUAUGUGCUUGGCCCAUCAGACCAAACAGGUUCAGAUGAUAUCAGUUGAAAACAGUGAACAUCGGAAAGGCUGGAGAAACAAGAAGAGAGUCACAUUAGUUCACCGGUUAAGCCAAGUAGUUGCGUUGUCCGGUGCAAAGUUGUAUGGAUUUUCACAUUACUUCACCAACUAACGCGACCCAUGUUACUAUCCUGUGUACAACAAGUGUUGGCUUAGCCUGCAAGAAAUGAUGUAACAGUAAAAAGCAAAUGUGGAGCAAUUUGUUUACUAGCCUAGGGCAGCCAGCUAACGCUACAUUAGCUCGGACCUGCCGCUGCUUGCUUCGUUCAAUUUAGAUGCUUCGAUCGAUCGCUCACCGACCGUAUUCAGCUGAUAAUGGCUUUAAUUAGAUUGAUCAGUGGUCUCAGGCCGAUCAGAUGAUGCAAUACUCGCCAGACAAAUUUUCAAAGGCAGCUAAAAUGUUUCACUACGCAGUCUGAGCAGUUUUCAAAGCUAGCUAGCACCAAAGUCCUUUUCAGACAGGAAGCGACUGAUGCCCCAGUUAAUCAUUUACAAUGAGAGUUGAGCAGCAAUCAGACAAGCGGAGCAACAAGCCGGAGCGAUCACGUGAAACUGUCACAGUCGUGCUCAUCUCACCAAAAUGGAGACCUUUUGCUACGUUUCCGCCUCCCGUCCACAUUAAAACGGCGAAUCCGUGGGCAAAAACUGAGGACCCGUGUUGCUUUCAGUAACAGUCCCAGCUGCUCCUCUCUCUGCCCCUCUUUCUACUCCUCUCUGCGCCCCUCUCUCUGCCCCUCUCUGUCCCCCCUAAACCCCACAGAACCUGCCUGAGCUUUCCACAACAAAAAGCAGCUACUUCAGAGUUUAUCAUGGACUCAGGAUGCCUGUUCUCCUUUAUCUCCUAAAUAGUUUGG